AUGAGUUCUUCAAGGUCUAAUGCAAGAAUCAUCAGAUUCGCCAUCUUUGCAUUGGUUUUAAUUGUUUGUGGAUAUAUUUUAUCAACCGGUUCAUCAUAUCAAGUACCACCACCAAAUCAAGGUACUUCAGAAUCAUCAAAAGUUUCUGAUGCAGGUAAAACCGAACCACUUAAAGCUGAAGCUGCUGUUGCUAAACCUGUUUCAGGGGCUGCUUCUGGCGAAUACGCUGGUACUGUUGGAUCAGAAAAAUUGAAACCUGUUGCUGGAGAAAAAAUCAAAGCUACAUUCGUUUCAUUAGCUAGAAAUAAUGAUUUAUAUAGUUUAUUAGGAUCUAUUAGACAAGUUGAAGAUAGAUUCAAUGGUAAAUACCAUUAUGAUUGGGUUUUCUUGAAUGAUGAAGAAUUCACUGAAGAAUUUAAAGAAGUUACCUCUUCUAUUGUUAGUGGUAAAACUAGUUAUGGAUUAAUUCCAAAAGAACAAUGGUCAUACCCAGAUUGGAUUGACCAAGAAAAAGCCGCUUUAGCUAGAGAAAAGAUGGUUGAAAAGAAAGUUAUCUAUGGUGGUUCAGUUCCUUACAGACAUAUGUGUAGAUAUGAAUCAGGAUUCUUCUGGAGACAUCCAUUAUUAGAUGAAUAUGAAUAUUAUUGGAGAGUUGAACCAGAUAUUAAAAUCUAUUGUGAUAUCGAUUAUGAUAUCUUUAAAUUCAUGAAAGAUAACAAAAAGAAAUAUUCUUUCACCAUUACUUUACCAGAAUAUAAAGAAACUAUUCCAACUUUAUGGGAAACUACUAAGAGUUUCAUUAAAGAAAAUCAACAAUAUUUAGCCAAAGAUAAUAUGUUAGAAUGGAUUUCUAAUGAUAACGGUGAAACUUAUAAUGGAUGUCAUUUCUGGUCAAAUUUCGAAAUUGCUGAUUUGAAUUUCUGGAGAUCUGAAGGUUAUGUUAAAUAUUUUGAACAUUUAGAUAAAGCUGGAGGAUUUUUCUAUGAAAGAUGGGGUGAUGCACCAGUUCAUUCAAUUGCUGCUGCUUUAUUCUUAAAUAAAGAUGAAAUCCAUUUCUUUGACGAUGUUGGAUAUUUCCAUGUUCCUUUCAAUAAUUGUCCUGUUGACCCAGAAAUUAGAAAAGCUAAAAGAUGUGCAUGUAAUCCAAAAGAUGAUUUCACUUGGAAGGACUAUUCAUGUACUAAAAAAUUCCAUACUUUAAAGAAUUUACCAAGAAUGAAAGGAUGGGAAAAUUUCUCUGGUUAG